GUAAAUUUAACACUCAAGAUUAGAGCUUGUGACUCAGAAUGGCGAGCACUAAGGAAUUCGGCGUUCCAUGGCCGGAGUUCAACGACGGCCUCUCCUACCACGACGUCAUUCGUCCCUCCGAUGAUGGGUUGACAGUGAUUGAGUUCUAUUCCACCAAGUACAAGAGUUCAGCUCCCUUACAAGGUUGGUUGCAGCGUAUAGAAAAUGAGCAGAUAUCAGUUGGUGGAAGAGUUGUUACUGAUCCGAACACAGUCCUCAGAGUUGGUUCAAAGCUAGUCUAUCAUAGACUUCCAUGGAAAGAACCUGAUGCACCACACAUGAUUAAAGUCUUGUAUGAAGAUGAUGACAUGAUUGCUCUAAAUAAACCUUCUGGCCUGCAAGUUCUGCCCGGAGGUCUCUUCCAGAAAAGGACAGUUUUAACACAGCUUCAAUGGGAAGCCAACAAUAAGAGUACCCUUGAAGCACGGAAAACUCAUCCUGCUCCAGUACAUCGCCUAGGGAGGGGAACUUCAGGAAUAUUAUUAUGUGCAAAGACAAAACUAGCCAGAGCUCAUCUUGCUUCUUAUUUUGCUGAUGUAACAUCUCACGUGGGAGUAAAAAGUAGGGACACAGACCAGGGACUUGGGAAGAUUGCAAAGAUAUAUCGGGCGCUUGUGAGUGGUAUAAUUGGUAAUGAUAAGGUGACCAUUAAUCAACCAAUUGGAAUGGAAAAAUACCCUGGUGUUGCUAAAGGAUUAUAUGUUGCUUCCCAAUCAGGAAAACCAGCACUCAGUGUAGUGGACAUUCUGGAAAGAAACAUACAAGAAAACAGCACAUUGGUCCAGGUUAAGAUUCAGUCUGGACGACCUCAUCAAAUCCGCAUUCAUCUUUCUUUCAUAGGGCAUCCUUUGUUAGGUGAUCCUCUUUAUGCUGUUGGUGGUCAGCCUAAAUGCAUGGAUUGUGAUUUUAUGGAUGAGAGUUUUGCUGAAGAUGGGGGUUAUCAGAGGCCCACCAAACCGGUUCCUGGAGACUGUGGGUAUUAUUUGCAUGCACAUAAAUUGAUUCUCUCCCAUCCAAUAACUAAUGAGAUUAUUGAUAUCAUUGCACCCCUUCCUUCCAUCCUCAUGACAGCAGAAGAGGCUAAGGAGAUUGCUGUGGCACAGCAGACAACUGCUUAAGAAGUUGUUGAAACUGGUUCAAUGCUGUCAAAUAGUCGUUAUAGCAUAGUGCUUUGAGGGCUCACCGCUUUUGCCACUUUGAGGGCUUGAAAUAGCGGAUCUUUGGCUUUCCGCUAUUUUCCGCAAUCCGCAAUUAACAAGACUGAGCUGGUUGGUUAACUGUGUAGAAAGUGAAAGAUAAUAUCCUUUUGUUUUGUACUAGUGCAUUAACUCGUGCAGAGUGAAAGAAUUGUGAGACUGAAAAAUAUGACAUGUUCACAUACAUUUGUUUUUGUACCGUUCAAAUAUAUUGAAUAUUAUGGAAUA